AUGCCGAAAAUCUUCCGAGAAAAAUUGGACAUACGAAUUCCGUCCGAACACGACUUUCAACCAUCUUUUGAUCUACCGGAAGGGAUCUACAAGAACCUACAAUUUGACGAAAAGAUGGCGCUUUUCUUGGCGAAUUCCUCAGCGAGUGCCGCGAUCAUACGUCACUUGAUGGAUGAAAAUUAUGUUCGAAGUCCAGAUCUGCGUGAAAACUCGGACAAAUGGUGCGCUGAAGGGGAAUGCGCCGCUUUUGUGCACAGAGCAGCUCCUUUUAAUAAGACAUCAGGAGUCUACGCACACACAGCCGACUUGCUCCACGUAAUCGAAAUGGGUGGUCAGUCGAUAUUUGCCGUAUCUUCCGUUUAUGCCGAAUUUGAUGUGCCGAAAGUGCAAAGUCUUCUGUGUGGAUAUAAAUGCGCUAAAUUCUACUGGAACGAAGGAAUACUUUGUCGUCAGAAAUGCACUCAAAGCAUGCGUUACGAUCAAAUUACGCUAACUGGUGACAUAAAACGUGCAUUUGCGGACUUUGUGCGAGCAUCGGUAAUCUACAAUUUCAGACAAAAGUAUUCCAAAUAUCUAAAUAAGUACGUUGAAUAA